UGUUGCCAUGCUAGCCGCUAUUGAGGGAUCCGGAUCAGACCUUUUGUAGGGCCGCCGUUUUUGAUGAAUGCACGGCUGGUAUCCCAGGUGGAAUUGAGGUUGUCUAAUUCUCUAGUAGUCUGACAUGGCACUGGCAACAAAUGGUCACGGAGAUGGAAAGAAACAGGUGGAGAAAUGGAGUGAAAGAGACCUCCACAAAACACGACACAGAGUGCCUACAUGCAGUCGUGAUUUGAGUCCAGUGAUUGACUACACUAAUUUGGAAUUAAUCAACAGUUAUGACGGCCUAAAAGGGAGGGCAAGAAAUGAAAGUACAGAGGAAGGCCAUCGCUUUUUCAUGGACAACUACCAUCGCAUGUUUGCCAACAACAAGCCAUUACCAUGCAUUCCGUCAGGAAAACGUAAUCAGCCAACCAAGAACAUUUCCAAUGUCUCCACAGGUUCGGCGACUAGUCUUUCAUGUGGUAAACAGCACCUAGAGGACCUCCAGAUGCCAGAGACUUGGAGUCAUGAAAUAGCUGACCACAUGGCCAAACUACAUAAGGAGAGAAAGAUUGUGGAUCCUGUCAUUAUUGCUUCCAAUAGGAUUAAAGAUCUGAGAACCAUCCUAAAGAAACUUCCGUAUGAGAGGACUGCUGAGGAUAAUGAUAUCGUCUUCACUCACCUGAAGGAGUUCCCCCUCCUAGCUGACCAGCUGUCCAGCCAGGAGCUGAAGGAACUCUGUACAGUUGCCCAGCUAGAUGUCUGGAAGGACGAAGAUUACACAGUGUUUGGAAAUGGUGGUUUCUACAUCAUUCUUCGAGGCGUGGUCGUGCCCCAGACAGAACCCUGGAUCAGGACCAAGGGUAACCCGGGCAGGUUCCGCAGUCCAACUCCCAUCCUGACCACUACGGUCCACACAGACAAGAAACUCAAGGAGUUGACUGUUGGUGAUUGCUUUGGCACUCUGGAGAGACUAGAAGGAAAAGAACCAAAUAGCAAGGUGCUCACUGUUCUCACCAAGACUGUGCCUUGCGAAUUUCUGAAGAUUUCCAGCAAUGACUACAAGAGGAUUACAGAGCAAAUCCGAGAGCGCCACAUUUCAGAGAAGAUCGACCUGAUCCAGGCAUGCAAGCCAUACCAGCUGUGGCCCCGGCAGUCCCUGCAUAAACUAGCUGAGUUGAUCAAAUGGACCAAGUUCCCUGAGAACACAGUGUUGGUUAGCGAGGGCUACCUGUGUCCAUUCAUUGGUUUCAUCAAGUCCGGGGAUUGCCAUGUCCUGAGACAAGUGGAAGUUAUCCAUACCCUACACAACGGCAAACAGGAGAAGCAUCAGAAGCAGGUGGUCAUGGGAAAGCUCAAGGAUGCAGAGAGCUUUGGUGAGAUCAGUGUGCUGGACGAGGAGGCAAUCACCUGUUCCAUCGUCACUGCCUCGGACAUCAAGCUGGGUAUCAUCACCCCCGACAGACUGAAAGAGCUUGAUGAGACAACCAGGGUUCUAUUAAGACAAUCAAACGAGCGACUGUAUGGAAACCUCACACAGGAUGACAUCCAUGAAGAAUACAUUGAUCAGGAGAUGAAACGUGAAUGGAACCAAUUCAAGCAUGGAGUGGUGGUUGACGUCAUCAACACCAAGGGAAUCAGGCCAGGCUAUGGAAAGUGGGCCAGUAAAUGAAACCAGCUGUCACUGUCUCGGAAUGUCAUGUCACGAUCCUUUGAACUCUGCCGUCCAUAUUUGGGUGUAUCACCCAAAUGGUGGAAAUGAAAGAAAGGUAUUCAUAUAUACCUAAGAGAGUUGAGCCAUUCCUAUUGGUCGAAAGCCUGUCAUGUGGCUGGCCUUAAAUGAUUGACAAAGCACUGGCUUGUUGUAUCUCACUCAGUACAUGCCAUGCACUUGUCAAUUUCCAUAUAAGGAGACUAUUUAUGACAACAUGCACUUGCGACAGGAAGAUACUAAAACAGGGCUAGACGGGUGUUUGAAAAAUUUCAUCUGUAAUGAUUUAACAUAGAUUUUUACAAAUUUAGAAGAUGAAAGGUCAAAUCCAUUGCAUGUUGAUUUUGGGAGGUCACAUAUGGUGAGCUUACAAGUGGUUUCGAUAUCAGAGACGGAGCCCAGGAGGAGACCAAACUGAUAUUUGGAUCUGUACAUUUUUAAACAGGUGUCAUGUCAAAGCAUUUCCAAUAUGGAAUUCAAAAUGCCGAUUGCUAUUAGUUUUUCGAACUUAUGUUGUUGAAACUGCUGGUUCAGAGCAGUGUCUGUAUAUGAAACUUUCCAGUAUUCAAAACUCUUCCCUGACUGUGAUUAGGUGUAUUUUAUCAUCGUCACUUACAUUUGAAACAUGCAAUUUGGUAGUUAAAUUUCUGCUCACUAUUUAAAAAGAUACUCUCAAAAGUAUGAUGUACAGGAAGUAUUUUCUACAAGCAUAAUAAAUGUACUUCUUGCUAAACGCUGUCUCAAAGACUUGAUGUUAUUUCUCGAGUGCCAUGGGUCAGUUGCUGAAAUUGUGAAUGGGGUACGACAAGUUUAUGGAGAGCUUGUUAGAAUGGUGCUUGAAAAAAGGAAAUUCUCUACUGCACAGGAUUCUGUAUAGUGCUUACAGUUUGUUGAGGCAUAGAUGUACGUGGGAAGCAGAAAAUAAGGAAAUCAACUGUACUGAGGAACACUUGUAUACCGUUCUUACACGAGUGAUGUGUCUGUUGAGAACAGGUUACAAGUAAGAAAUCCAUGUACAAGAAAUACCCAGUGACUGUAGUGCGGGUACAUUUGUUUGGGAUCAUUCAUGUGUAAGGAGAUGAACCUUUGCCGUUCUCUAUGCCCACUGGAAAGCAGAUUUGGUCCACUGAAAUUAUGCCACCAAAACUGCUGCUUUGCUGCUGUUGCCAAGUCAUGUUCUCCAUCCAGCAAGUGUCAUAAAAUACCGCUUGGUUGAGUAAAUUUCAAGCGUGAGAUACCCUGCACUGUAUGCUAUCAAUUCAGACAUUACAUGUAUGUUCAAGUGCAAAAUGCAGAGCAACUGCUAGUCUGGUUCCCUGACCAAAAGAUACCAACCAUUAUUUUCAGACAUCUUUGACAUUGGACCGAUACAUGCAAAGUAGUACCAAAUUAACAUAACACUGGAUAUCACACCACCCCAAAAUGUAUGUCUUCACACAAAAAGUUUUGUUUGGGAUGUUUAUGACAAAAGCAUGGAUCAGUGAUACAUUUCCAACAUGCACGUCACCCAAGGACAUAUUUACAUGUGCUUAAAAUACUUUUAACCUAUCAUUUGUGUAAUUCUGGACAUACUGAAUAUGAACAGAAUUUUAGCUACGUCUGUCAGGUAAGCGUGAAAAGAGUGUUGUAAAACAGUUUGCUACAAUAAGAUGAACUG